AUGAAGAUUCAUCUCUUUUUCUUUAUUCUGCUCUUUUGGGUCACUAUUUUACCAGCCAAAAAGAGAUAUCCCCAUUAUGGUAGCUUGGAUUUGACGAGAGAGUGCAGAAGGGGUAAUGGUCGGUGUAAAGUUGAGUGCCAUGAAAAUGAAAUUAGGAUUGCUUACUGCAUGAGACCUGCAACUCAUUGCUGCUUGCAGAAGUAA